AUGGCAAAGGCGAUUUGCAAUUUGAGCACCACUACCAACGCUCUGCAGCAGCCCCACCUCCUUCCUCAUCAGGCUCGUGAAGCUGCUGCUCGAUCGGCGGCUCUUCAUUCAACGACUCCAACUACUGCACAGGAUGUUCUUCCUCAUACCUCCAAUUCCUCUUUACUCUCCACAUCAUCCCUCAACCACCAGCACUUGAGGUCAAUCACCAAUUCAUCGCCUCCAGGUGGCUGCUUGAGCUCUGGUAACCACCAGCAUCAACAGCAGCUGUCUUCAUCACCUUCUGCCUCUAUUAGAUCCCCCUCCACUGCCAAUCCUAGCACCCUCUUGUCUUCUAAUCCCCCUACACUUACUCAUGUCACAACACCAUUGAAUGCUUUCAUCCACCACCCAUAG